AUGGCUGGAUCUGGAAGUUCGGAGGCUAGAAUCCCCAUUUUCUCAGGUGAGAACUAUGAAUUUUGGAGGAUUAAAAUGGUAACCAUUUUCAGAUCAUAUGGUUUAUGGGGUUUGGUAGAGAAGGGGUUCUUAAUCCCAGAUUCAAAGACGAAGCAGGAAUCUGAGGAUGGUUCAGAAGAAGAAGUUGAUGAGAAAACAGCUGCGAUUCUCAUGAAGGAUGCGAAGGCCUUGGGUAUCAUUCAAAAUGCUGUUUCUGAUCAGAUUUUUCCCAGAAUUGCAAAUGCUGACUCUGCAAAGAUGGCUUGGAAUCUGCUAUAUUCAGAAUAUCAUGGUGGAGAGCAUGUUAGAUCGGUAAAGCUUCAAAAUCUUAGACGUGAAUUUGAAUACACUAGGAUGCGUGAUAGUGAAACCUUAUCUGAAUAUCUUACUAGACUAACUGAAUUGAUUAACCAAAUGAAAACAUUUGGUGAAGUUCUGUCAAAUGAGAGGCAGGUUCAGAAGGUGUUAAUUAGUCUAAGUAAGAAGUAUGAUCCUAUAUGCAUUGUGAUUGAAAACACAAAGACACUAGAAACUGUGGAUUUGCAGGAAGUAAUUGCAAUUUUGAAGAGUCAGGAGCAACGGCUUGAAAUGCAUAGUGUUGAUACAGCUGAGAAGGCAUUUGCCUCAUUCACUGUGAGUGCAAAGGGUCAGAACAAAAACACUUCUCAGUCUGGUUCAUCUAAGUCACAGAAAAGCUGGAAUUCUAAAGGGAAGUCAUGGGAGGCAAAAGACAAGUCACAGCAGAAUAAUUAUUCUGCACAGAACCACACUUCAACUCAGUUCUCAAAUCAGGAAAACACAAAGCCUCAAUGCAAGGUGUGUUCAAAGCAUCACUUUGGUGAGUGCAGGUAUAAGGGAAAACCAAAAUGCUAUAACUGUGACAGAUUUGGACAUCUUGCUAGGGACUGUACAGUGAGCAAAAAUGUGCAGAAGGCUAAUUGUGUAAAUCAAAUGGAGGUAACAGGAAAUCUGUUUUAUGCAAAUUGCUCAACCACUGAGAUCAAAGCCAAUGAAUGGUAUAUUGACAGUGGCUGCAGCAAUCAUAUGACAGGAAAUUUAGAAUUACUGGCUGAUGUGAGAACUAAUGUAGCUGGGAAAGUACAAAUGCCAACUGGUGCACUAGUGAGUGUAGCUGGUAUUGGUUCACUGAGUAUUGAUACAGCAAAGGGCAGGAAAUACAUCAGAGAAGUUAUGUACCUGCCAGGAUUGAAAGAAAAUCUGCUAAGUGUUGGGCAGAUGGAUGAACAUGGGUAUUGUCUGGUGUUUGGAGAAGGAAUGUGCAGGGUAUUUGAUAGUCCAUCCAUGGAUUACCUCAUCACAAAAGUGGAAAUGAAGAGUAACAGAUGCUAUCCUGUCUCUUUUCUAGCUGAAAAACAGUUACUAAUGAAGACUAGUUUUCUUCAAUCCCCAUGGAUUUGGCACAAGAGACUUGGUCAUCUGAAUUUUGGAGGAUUGAAGCAGCUAAGGGAUAAAGAAAUGGUACAUGGUUUACCACAAUUGGAAGAACAAAGUGGUGUGUGUGAAGGGUGCCAAUUUGGAAAACAGCACAGAAAUGUUUUUCCAAAAGAUCAAGCACAAAGAGCAAGCAAAGUACUAGAGCUAGUACAUGUGGAUCUCUGUGGUCCCAUGAGAAAUGAGUCUGUUGCAAGGAACAGAUAUUUCAUGCUGAUUAUAGAUGAUUUCACAAGAAUGACUUGGGUAUAUUCUUGA